AUGGCUCAUUUUGAAAAAGAUGAGGUGCCAACUCUGUCAGAAACACAUGCUCAACAUCAAUCUGAUGAAGCUGUGGAUUCUAAUUUCCGGAGGCUUGUAUACCGGACACGAAGUGCAUCAAUUUCUAUUCCUAUGGUCUCCAUGGAUCCCAAUGAGAGAGAAGCUAGUCUUGUGGGACAUACUGGUCCACUUCGUAGUGUGAGAAAAAUCCCCUUUAAACAUAUGAGUGGUCCACUGUAUGCUACCCAUGGAACUGGAAAUCUUCUGCAUCAGAGUAUUGUUGUGACAGGAAACGAAGUAGUGGAGAGCAAGGAAGAAAAAUUUUCUACUGGAGAAGGCACAGACGAAAUAAAUGCUAGAAAAAAUGAACACUUACUGAGGUCUGGGCAACUGGGAAUGUGUAAUGAUCCUUAUUGCACUACUUGCCCUACUUACUUCGAGGCCUCUUCUCUAAGAAAUCCAAGAGCUUCGACUAUAUUUGAUCCCAAGUUCCACAAUGCUCUUUAUGGGGAUGCCAAGGGUUUUGGGGGAAAACUUUUUUCUUUCUGCUCUUCAUAUGUUCCUGGAGUUAUGAACCCUCACACUAAAAUCGUACAACAAUGGAACAAGUUUUUGGCCAUUUUUUGCCUGGUGGCGAUUUUUGUGGAUCCAUUGUUUUUCUUCUUAAUCUAUGUGCAGAAGGAUCAUAAAUGUAUUGUUAUCAACCUGACAUGGACAAAAAUACUUGUUUCACUGAGAAGCGUGAUUGAUUUUCUAUAUUUCUUGAACAUUCUUCUCCAGUUUAGGUUGGCUUAUAUUUCCCCUGAGUCAAGGGUGGUUGGUGCUGGAGAUUUAGUUGACGGUCCCUGGGAAAUUGCUUCUAAUUAUAUGAAGGGUUACUUUUUUUUGGACUUUCUGGUUGUAUUACCUUUUCCGCAGAUAAUGAUAUUGUCUGUCCUACCAAAUUCCUUCGGUUUAUCAGGAGCAAAUAAUGCUAAGAAUCUUCUGCGUGUACCAAUCCUUGUACAGUAUCUUCCCAGAUUAUUCAGGUUUCUGCCUCUGCUUAUUGGCCAGUCUCCCACUGGAUUCAUAUUUGAGUCAGCCUGGGCAAAUUUCAUUAUAAAUCUUCUCAUUUUUAUGCUAUCUGGGCAUGUUGUUGGUUCUAGCUGGUACCAUUUUGGUCUACAGAGGGUUAAUCGAUGUUUGCAACAUGCCUACAAUAGCACAGAUGCCAUUGCUUGUUUGAAUUCCACUCCCAGUAAUGAUCCUUAUUAUGGGAUCUAUGCCAAUGCUGUAGAACUUACUAUAGAAACUAAAGUGGUCAAAAAAUAUUUGUAUUCGCUGUUUUGGGGCUUCCAGCAAAUUAGUACUUUGGGUGGUAAUCUAACCCCGAGCAAAUUUGAGUUGGAAGUCCUUUUUACAAUGACCAUCAUAGGAUUGGGACUCUUGCUUUUUGCCCUUCUCAUUGGAAACAUACAGAACUUUCUUCAGGCUCUUGGACGGAGGAGGCUAGAAAUGCAACUUAGAGGCCGUGAUGUUGAGCAAUGGAUGAGCCAUCGUCGCUUACCAGAAGAUCUAAGAAAGAGAGUACGACAGGCUGAACGGUAUUCUUGGGCUGCAACAAGGGGGGUGAACGAGGAAAUGCUUAUGGAGAAUUUGCCAGAAGAUCUCCAGACAGACAUAAGACAUCAUCUCUUCAAAUUUGUUAAGAAAGUUCGAAUUUUUGCCCUGAUGGAUGAGGCAAUCUUGGAUGCCAUAUGUGAGAGACUAAAACAAAAGACAUACAUCAAAGGAAGUAGAAUUUUGAGUCAUGGUGGUCAUGUGGAGAAGAUGGUCUUUGUUGUGCGUGGAAAAUUGGAGAGUAUUGGAGAAAAUGGAAUGGGAGUUCCCUUAUCUGAAGGGGAUGCUUGUGGUGAAGAACUUUUGACAUGGUAUCUUGAACAUUCUUCUGUAAGCACAGAUGGUAAAAAAGUAAGGCUUCCAAGACAGAGGUUGCUGAGCAACAGGACAGUAAGGUGCUUAACAAAUGUAGAGGCAUUUUCACUCCGUGCUGCAGACCUUGAAGAACUCACAACCCUUUUCACAAGAUUCUUGCGGAGCCCUCAUGUUCAAGGAGCUCUAAGGUAUGAAUCACAUUAUUGGAGAUCCCUUGCAGCAAACCGAAUCCAGGUUGCAUGGAGAUACAGGAAGAAGUGUCUAAGUCGUGCUAAUACCUCACAAUCAGUUCAAAUAUUGAAGUCGGGAGGAAAGGGUUUUCAAUCUAUAAUGAUAUUGUCUGUCCUACCAAAUUCCUUGGGGUCAUCAGGAGCAAAUUAUGCGAAGAAUCUUCUGCGUGCAUCGAUCCUUGUACAGUAUAUUCCCAGAUUAUUCAGGUUUCUGCCUCUACUAAUUGGCCAGUCUCCAACUGGAUUCAUAUUUGAGUCAGCCUGGGCAAAUUUUAUCAUUAAUCUUCUCAUUUUUAUGCUAUCCGGUCAUGUUGUUGGUUCUUGCUGGUACCUCUUUGGUCUACAGAGGGUUAAUCAAUGUUUGCGAGAUGCCUGCCAUAAGUCUAAUAUUGAUGGAUGCAUAGCAUUAAUUGAUUGUGGCCAUGCGUCUCCCCAGACAUCAGCUCUGUGGAUCAACAACACAGAUGCCAUUGCUUGUUUGGAUUCUGGCUCUAGUUCUUUUUCUUAUGGGAUCUAUGCCAGUGCUGUAGAACUUACUACAGAAACUAAGGUUGUCAACAAAUAUGUCUUUGCGCUGUUUUGGGGCUUCCAGCAAAUCAGUACUCUGGCUGGUAAUCUAACCCCGAGCAAAUUUGUGUGGGAAGUCCUUUUUACAAUGGCCAUCAUAGGAUUGGGACUUUUACUGUUUGCGCUUCUCAUUGGAAACAUACAGAACUUUCUUCAGGCUCUUGGACGGAGGAGGCUAGAAAUGCAACUUAGAGGCCGUGAUGUUGAGCAAUGGAUGAGCCAUCGUCGCUUACCAGAAGAUCUAAGAAGGAGAGUAAGACAGGCUGAACGGUAUAGUUGGGCUGCAACAAGGGGGGUGAAUGAGGAAAUGCUUCUUGAGAAUUUGCCAGAAGAUCUCCGGACAGACAUACAACGUCAUCUCUUCAAAUUUGUUAAGAAAGUUCGAAUUUUUGCCCUGAUGGAUGAGCCAAUCUUAGAUGCCAUCUGUGAGAGACUAAAACAAAAGACAUACAUCAAAGGAAGUAGAAUUUUGACACAGGGUGGUCUUGUAGACAAGAUGGUCUUUGUUGUGCGUGGAAAAUUGGAGAGUAUUGGAGAAAAUGGAAUGGGAGUUCCCUUAUCUGAAGGUGAUGCUUGUGGUGAAGAACUUCUGACAUGGUAUCUUGAACAUUCUUCUGUAAGCACAGAUGGUAGAAAAGUAAGGCUUCCAGGACAGAGGUUGCUGAGCAACAGGACAGUAAGGUGCUUAACAAAUGUAGAGGCAUUUUCACUCCGAGCCGUAGACCUUGAAGAACUCACAACCCUUUUCACAAGAUUCUUGCGGAGCCCUCAUGUUCAAGGAGCUCUAAGGUAUGAGUCACCUUAUUGGAGAUCCCUUGCAGCAAACCGAAUUCAGGUUGCAUGGAGAUACAGGAAGAAGCGUCUAAGUCGUGCUUAUACCUCACAAUCAGGUUAAACAUUGAAGAUAUAGGUUGUACUGUAAUAUCUGAUUAACUACACUUUGUCAUAGGUUGUACUGUUAUAAAUAUCAUAGGUACACUUUAUGAUUGAUUCUCUUGGUGAGUUAGGUCUGUUAGGAGGAAAUGGAAGGGUGCUUUGUUCAUAUUCAAGAGUACUUUUCCACAAUGUACAAAUUAAGGAGCCAUCUAUUGAUCAGCUAAACUACCAACA